AUGAAGGUCAUUGGGGGUCUCCUUCUUCUCUGCACCUUGACCUAUUUCUGCAGCAGCUCAGCAGAGCAUUCUCUUGUGUCUGACCAGGUGGACUGCACAAUAUACAAGAAGUAUCCAGUGGUUGCCAUCCCCUGUCCCAUCACAUACCUGCCAGUUUGUGGCUCUGACUAUAUCACCUACGGAAAUGAAUGUCACUUGUGUACGGAGAACUUGAAAAGUAAUGGAAAAAUUCAGUUUCUUCAUGAAGGAAAAUGUUAA